AUGUCUUGUCUGACAUAUGUUGAUUCACCGCUGUCUGCGCCGUAUUUAGAAACGGAACUUCAAAAGAGUGCUCGUCUUUGUUAUAGAAGAGGAUUUUCAUCAAAGGUGAGUUUUGCACCUAUUACAUGACUGCUCUAUGAGCCUUCGCAAGUUAUCCGUACACUCAAAACGGAAGUUUACCUUCAUCGUACCGUACUUUCGAUGUGUACGUGAACUAAAUGUAAUUUUCUAUAGGUUAGUUCAUAUAUAGUGUCUUGUACAUGCUAAUGUCAUUUAAAUCCAAAUUUACAGCAAAAUAACGUUUACAAUGUUGACUCGAACUUAACAAUUUCUGCCCGGCUAAAGCAAAGAAUACGAAAAUUUCAGUUUGGUAUUUUUUAAUUACAUCACCUCGUUCCUUUUUGUUUCAACUUUAGCCUUUGUUGUGCGAGUUUACUAUUUCAGUUUGACACAGGUUAGGCGAGUUUGACGCUUCAGAGGAUAAAUUUAUUACAAUACGUGAUGUAAUAUGCUGGAAGUGAUUCAUGACGAACUAAGAUAUCAGUCACGGUGGCCAUCCUUCUCGUUUAACUCAAUGUUCUAACUCAUCUACCAAUGUUCGAUCUAAGAUAACCAGUUAAUUGAUCAGAUAUACACACAUUCUCACGACGAUUAAUCUUAAGAUGCAAUAUACUUUAAACCCAACUUAGACGAACCAAUUUAUAAAAUCGGAAGACUUAACGGCGCCAAAUUUAUCAGAAUCCAAUACUUGUGAAAUUUAGUUAGAAAUCAUGGCUUUUCGCCAAGGGUUUGAAGGGCCAUCGUCAGAGAUUUACGUUUAUAGGAACUGAAUAACCAGGAUGACAGGUUCAAAAACUUUGAUCGAAAGUUCACUUAAGCUUAUAUUUGCUUCGGGAAUGUCGCGAAUGGCUGCAAAUGCUGUAUGCACGACUAAACCUGGUAACACCAUAAGUGACCAACAUGAAACUUCUCCUCACAAUUAAAACACAUCGUUCACUAGACAGGUUAUAAAAAUAUAAAUAUAAAACUAAUUUCUCGUAAGAUAUUUACGAUGAAGCGAUAUGGAAAUAAGAAAGGAGAAUUUCGAAGAAGGUUUUCAAGAUUUAGAAAAAGCAAAUCGAGAGGAAAUGGUCAUGUCCAGAUACAACUUGUUAUAUAACAUUUUGAUGAUUAAGUCAGUUCUUGUUCUCAGGAACCUGCGUGCAAAAUGAGGCAAUUCCUUGCCGGAAUACGGCCGAGAUGUAGACCCAUUUUCACACUGAAGUACCACCGAGAGAAUAUUCUCUUCAGUACUACCCCGCAUGUUAGGUUUGAAGCAUGGUUCGGUGUACUUAUGCAAAAAUAUAGCCCUAAAGCUAUUUCUGAAGUUUUAAUUUUGUACUCAGUGUUACCUAACAGCAGUGACCAUUUCACGUGUAAAGAUGGCGGUGCAUCUGUUUUCAAAUUGAACUAUUUGUAGUUGACAAACAUCUCAACAGCUUAAGGCCUUCAGUAACAUCCCAUUUUUUCCACAUGGUUAACUGAGAUCAUCAUUUAUCAUGUAAAAUGAAAAUUUGGAGAGAGUUUUAUCCUGUAAAUUGACGAUAUUAGGUUGUUCUGUUUUGUUUUGCGGUAGCCCUCAGAAGAGACAAAAUUGUUUUGGCGUUUUUUUUUCAGACAAGAGGAGGUAAGCGCCUUGUGAGGAACACGCCACUAUAGCCUCGCCUGUUCUUCAUGUGUAUGUGGAUCAGCUUUGAACAAUAGUUUUAUCUAUAGUUGUUCCAUACUCCAUUUUGUAUGCAACAAUUUUCAAUUGAAUCGAAAGUAGUGCGGCAUAUCUUUGGUUUUGCUUUACUUCACUCUGUGAUUGGUCCAAAAAACUCGUGCCAGUGACUUUCUCAACCAAUCAGUUUCAAAACUAUAAGCAAUCACGACCAGUUCACUCGCGUUUUUCGCGCCUUAGGAAGUUUGCUGUUGUUUAUUUCUACACCCACUUAUUGUUGCUCCCUCUGCAGCGCAGUUAAGUCUCUUUUUUUACGCAUUGCGAGCCUAUAUUUAUUUUUGUUUAUGUUGUUUUGACGCAAUUUUUUCAGCUAAGGCGCCUUAUUGUUCUAUAUUUAGAGUUAUGAUGCAUUUCCUGAAUACAGCAGUACGAGCCAGACAUGUACAGACGGCGCUUCCGUCGAUCUCUUGUCGGCGUUUAUUGGCGAGUCAAUCCUAAAAUUCAAUACCGCUUAUAUUGAUAGGUUGUUAAUAUGGAAUAAGCCAAACCACCAUUUGUUUUGGUUAUAUAAUGCCACCGAGUAUUUCCUGUUAGCUCGCGGAAGUUUCCAGUAUUCAGCGAAUUCUUUGCCAGUUUAUUACCUGUGUGAAUUGAGAGAGUCAGUUCAGCCUGCCAUGCAAUCUAGCCAAGAAAGUUUGCAGACAUAAACAUAACAAGCUUAGUUGAAAAAACGUGAAGCUGAUUUCCGAGUUUUAUUCCUCGAUUUGCAUUUCGAAGAUAUCUCGAGCACAUGGAUCAGAGGGGCUUCUGCGCGGCUAUCUGGACUCAAAGAUGCUCUAAAGUGAGUUUAUUUAGCCUAGGUAGAAUGUAGCUAACACCGAUUACCCAUCAUAAAGUUAAACUUUAGUUUGUUCCCUGAAUAUAAGGCAGAUUAUAGAUUCGGUACGCACAAAAGAGGUUAUAGAAAACGUGUAUCAAGUUUCAAUUUUGUGACAACCAGGCGUUCGAGGAGGCAGGCGAGUGAAAGGGUAAAUUUUCUUUUGUUCAGGGGUAUCUGUGGUUAUUUGGGAUGAUAUACUCGGAAAAGGUUAGAACUGAUUUAGCGAAACUAUUUUAAUUUCAUGCCAUUUGAGCGAACUAGAAAUAGCGGAAAGAUUAUAUUGAAUAAUGGAAGGUUCGAAUUCAUGCCUGCUCAAACGAGUAUGGUGUUUUGUUAUUUUGCUUACUCUUUAUUUAGAUUCGCUUUUAAAGAAAGCAAAAACAACAACAAAAAUAACAUGACUUACCGCGGAAAAAUAACUUUCUUUUCCACUAAACUGCAUUGCUUGAUGAUCUGAUUUACUUCAGUGUAGCAUCACUACACCUCAACUAAUGAACUACCGGUAGUUUCGCUGAGGCAAUAUUACUUAUGGCUCAUAUUCCGAAGGUCACAAACCUAAUUAAUUGUUCCAUAAUUAUACCAUUUGACAUUUUAAAAUAAUCACUGGAAGUUUGGCGAACCGAAAUAUAAAAUCGCUUUGCUUAGAACUAGGGGGUUUGUUGCUUUCCAUUUUUUUCUUAACGUGUGAGAUUUCUUGAAAUACCUCCAGUCAUCGAGACUACAGCUGUUCAGAUGUUUGUAUACAAUCAAGAACGUUCUAAACUGCCCCAGGACCCUUUUAGUAACAGCUCUCUAAAUACAUUUUUUCCCGAUGAUGAUUCGAAAGAAACUUUUAGUCAGAGCGCCUGUGGUAGCUUACCGAUUAAGAGAUCGGGGUUAACUUUUAAAAAGAAUUGCUUUACCGUUUAUUGUUCUCGAUCGGAUUGUCACUGACAAAUCCACAGUUAUUUGCUAAUUAGGGGUGCUAAAUAGAAUCACAAACGGACACCGAAAAUAAUUACUGUCAUCACUGAUUACCCUUUAAUCCCAAAUGAAUCGUUCAGCAAACUUGAUUUUCAUGCUAAACAGAUUCAACACGCCGAUGUUCCCGAAUCCAAUUGAUUCGAGUCAAUCGAUUUUCCUUCGGAUGAGCGAGGGCUAUCGGGAUAGGGGUCCCUGUCUACGUGAAUUUUCCCAGGCUUCAAAGCGAAAAUCAUUCCUACUCACAACCAAACAUUGAUUUUCACAUCAACUCGACGAGAUUAUUUGUUUUCACUCGAAAACUGUACGGCAACAUACGUUUCUGAAUGGUGCAAAAUAAAAAUAGUCUCCUUUUUCUUUUGGAAACGAGGGACUAAGUUGAAAUUUUUAAACGUGAAGAACAUUCAGCGAGUUAGUAGAAAUCCAAUUGUGAAAAAAAAGUCUGAGAACUGAUGAUCAGCUGUUUCAUUCCAGACCUCAAGGAUCUAAAGCUUAUUGAGCUAUGGAAAACAUCAGAAAAAAAAGUCUUUCAGUAUUUUCAUAGCGGAUCCAAAUAUAUAGUUUUGAAGAACACGUUAGAGCGACCUUGCUCCGUCUCCCAAAAACGCCAAAUAAUGGAACUCUAUCGUUUAAGGAGGUCUGUACAAAACUGUUUAAUUAUUUUCAUUUGUUAUAGAUGGUAGGUAUUUCUCUCAUUGAUGAUCAAUGUUAGGACUAAGAGGAGGGUAAAAAAAAGAAGUAAACUUUAACACUUUCGCUUCGGCCGCAAACCUGGGUUUGUAAGAUCCCCUUGUAACUGUCUCUAUUAUCAAAGGAAAUUAGCCCACAUUGUCUAUUCUAGGAAUUGAAGGAAGAGGUCUCUGUGAGGGAGAAUCGGCGCUUGUUGUAACGAGGAAGUUUUAUAAGCUUUGCGUGGGUGGACGAACAGCUAUCAGUAAAGUGAAUUAUAAACUCCAUUGCCUGAGAUACACAAACGCUCCUUGAGCUUCGUGAAGAAAACAAGUGGGCGAAUGAUUUGAGAUAACAAGAAGUCUAAUCACGUACGCGGGGAUCGAGAGGUUAAAUAUUUCUGUUUGGAAGUACUAGAACGGUUUUCAGUUGCCAGUGGUCAAUUCUGAUCAUAGUCGGAGCUCGUACAGGUUUUGUGCCAUCUAAAAGUAGUAGCUUUAUUUAGCUUUAUUCCUUGAUUGACAGGUGAAGGAAAAACUUCAUAGAUUAACAGAACUGAAGCGAAUCUAAACACAUCGGUAAAGGAAGUUCAAUGUUAAUUAAUUCGUUUUAUUUUUUUUCUAUUGGGCUGCUUGAUCUCAUGUCUAUUUUCGGAAAAUCGGCAUUUUGUACUUUCAAUAUAUAUUUUUUUCUUCUAAAUAGUACAUCAAUGAUUUACCUUAUCCAUCAUAAUACAUUUUGUGUUUGCAAGUCUUCACAUAUUCGCCAACACUUGGCUUGAACCUGUAUUUCACAGUUUACUUAGUGUGGGCGACUGACGCUGAGAUGAAUAAUAUCCUUUUUUAAUUAGAGUCAUUGUUAUUUCUCACCAAAUAGAAAAUAGAAUGAUUCCUCAUUUCAUAACUUCCCCAACCUACACCGGAAAAGAGAAUUUGCUCGAAUUUUUACGGCGCGGCAUUGUUUAUUCAAGUUCCUAAUGAAUGGAUUUCAGCAAGCCGCGAUUCUUGUUACACUGCGGAGGGUCAAUUAUUUUAGAGCUUAUAUUGUUCAAUAUGUAGUCACUUUCCUUCCCUCGCAAUACUAGUGUCGGCAAACAAGCGAAGAAUUUCACUAUUGUCUGGUCAAAUCUGCUUUCGAAGGGGCCUCGUGGAACGUGCGCUGUGCGUCACGUGACAAUUUUCUCUGACAUGACAUCAUUGUUUUGUUGUGAUUGGCUUAUGCGGCUCAAAAUGAAAAGCGAAGCGAGCUUCGAGUACUUGCGAGCUGUAGCAUGUGUGUGAAGGUGAAAAUUGUCAGGCUUUUGCUUUAAUUUGGUGCACCUGAUGCGGGAAAAUAUGUCAUGACGAGGUGUUAUAUCUGUUGUGGAAGUGGCUGGUGGUGUUCAGGGAACUGCUGAGCUCGUUUAUGGCGACGAAUUCGCAUAAAUCUUUAGACACGUCGAAGAAAGGAAGUUGAGUCUGAAAGGUGAGCAUGACCUUUUCCAGUUGAAGUUUUGUCAGCGCUUUUGGUGUGCGAAUAAUAUCUUUUUUUUUUCGGUGCGCACGAAGUAAUGGCGAAGCCUCCUUGGACAUUUGUUAGAACAUAUUUUUGCAACUGUAGAAGUAUUUUACCUUCGAUAAAGUCAAGGCCUUUGGCGUGUUGUGGUUGGCGAAUGUGUUGAAUGUUUUAGGUUUUGUUUAUGAAAUGAAGAGGAGGACUUUCGAAUGCAUACAGGGUGCAAUCACUCGAGGACUGUUGUGUUCUUUUGACUUUAAAACGCCGAUUUUAGCAAUAGAAAUAAAUCUUGUAGAGUUGAGAAUGAGGAAGAUAUAUCUUAAACAUGCGUUGUAAGCAAGUCUGCUGGCGAAUAUCGUAGACUUAUGCCGUCAUUCUGGCUGAAAGCUACUUGCGCGCGAGCCUCUGCAGAACUCCAUUUUGAAAAGGAUUAUGAAUGUUUUGGAAGGUUUUUCGUUCGCUAAUUUUGAUUUGGCGUUCUAAUUAGUGUCUAGAGAAAUAUUAAAUUUGUUAUUCCCAGCUUAGAGACGUACAGAAAAACAAGAAGGAAUUGUUUUGUUUUUGGCUGACUGGUGUCUGAUUGUAUUGAGAAGAUUCUUUUGCUUCGGAGACGUAUGCAAAUUCGACGGGGAUUGUGCGAAGCGCGCAAUCCAUUCAAAAGUGCUUACACAAGAAACGAUGUAUAAUUGAUGAAUAUAAGCCUUGGAGCCAAACAACGGCGCACGUGUUUAGGAGGUUGUACAUGCUUUGAAAGAAAUCUCGGGGAAGUUGUUUACCUCUCCCCUAGUUUGCUUUCAUGUAGGUGUUGGGAAACCUUCGAAUGUUCACACGUGCUUGCUGGGCUUUGCGUAUUGACAAAGAGUAAUCGAAUUUUCCAUCGAUUUCAGGGUUUGUCCUUGACGAGCGACAUGAAACCUGCACAUCACACUCUUUUUCGCGACCAAGUGAGUACACUUGUGGACUGGUUUGGGAGGUGGAACGAGUGUGAACAGACUAUAGCGUUGUAUACGCUUUUGAAGCGCAUAUCCACCAUUCAAGCCAAGUUUCUAUCGUUAAUUCUGGAACACACAUUUAGGGAGGAUUCCUUUGAAGUUCAGAUGAUGCAAAGGCGAGCAAACGACAAAGGUAAGCAAAGAUAUUUCUGUCUGUCUGCACGUGGGCGGGUAACUCCACAACCGUUCUUGUUUUAUCACGGUGGGAAUUUUGCAUCAACGAGCUUGUUCGACCGUGCAAAAUUUUCACUGUAUGGCUAAAUUUCCCUGUCUUUGUAAAAAGGUGUCAAAAAUUCACCCUUUGAAAUUGACACGCGUUUGUGAAAUUGAUGGGUUUCAUUUUUCUCACUCUGUGUCUUCAACGUUUUUGGACGGUUCUGAAAUCCAUCUUGGGAUCAGUUGUGGUUAUUCCUGAUUGCCUUUGUUUCAUUUUGCGAAAUGACAUUUUACGUUUUGUUUCGUGGAGGAGAGAAAAGUACUUUCUUUUUUUCGUUUCCUUUUUAAAGUUUGGUGCCUUUCUUGCUUUUUUUUCAUUUAACCAAAUCGUAAACAGCAUUGUUUGUUAUUAUGCAUUUCGUUACGGGGCACGAGCAUUUUCAACUCUUAUGGAAAGUCAUGGUAUCAAGUUUUCAAUCCUUCUGUAGUUGUCUGGUAAAUUUCUUGGCGUCAGAACAUUGGAAGGUUAAAAAAAACCCAUCAUUUUUUAUUAGAGAUGUUCAUCCUUUUGUUUGAGUCACCUAAACCAAGGAAUAAAACAAAAAGAAUAUAUUUUUGAAUGAAAAGGGAAAAGUAUGUGCAGAUUAUGCAAAAAAAUUCAUUGAUCAGUUUUGACAUCAUAAUUAUUUUGAGCCAAUUGAUGUAAAACGAAAUUAGAGUCCAGGAAAAUUAUAUAAUUUUUAAUAGUGUUUGUCUAGUGAUCUGAGGUUGUUGUAAAAUUUUGGCAGAGGAGCAUCUUAGUGUUAAACAAUUUUUUUUUCUGAUGAGUGAAAUUUGAUGUAUUUCAUUUGAAAAACAAACAAGUUUUAACAGCAAGAUUAGAUUUCAUGUACUGGAGUGGUGGGUGACUUUCAGGGCUGCACCUUGCACUUUGCAUUAUGCAUCUGAUUAGCUAGUGCUGUUAGUUUGCAUUUCGUUCUUUGACUCUCUGUUAAAAAGGGUUCUGUGGAGCCUGGUAUACCAGCUUCUGUAAGACCGAGGAAGGAAAAACCUUUUAAACUCCAUGGUGCUUGGGUUAUCUUUCCAAAGGACAGGGUCAUUGUUUAUCAUUUUUUUUUUUUUGUGAUAAGAAAUAAGUUGGUUUUCAUUUGAGGAGAUCAUUGGUGCAAACUAAUCACUUGAAAUAAUGUGGUGGGUGACGUGAAGAAUUUUUGUUUUUAGCCCAAUGCUUUGUGUUACCAUGGUUGAAAAGAAGGCAAUCCACUUUGAACUGUGUGUGUGGAUCAGUGAAGAAGGACAGCUUUGCAAUCACAAAACAAAUAACUUUUCCAUUGUGUUCUUGUUCCAAUUUGACAGCCAUAUCAGAUGAUUAGUCCAAGUUGCCGCUCAUUGAUGUAAAAUAAUAGGUGAUCUGUUUUAACUACUUGGAAAAUUUAUUGAAGUUUGCCAACUCCCAUAUCUGAAAGGGAUUUGGAAGACAACCUGUUUCUGUAAGGUUUCCGGUAGUAGUUUUUUUUGCCACAUGACUUGGAAAAGUACACAAGGAAAAAGUAACUAUUUUUUAAGGCAUAGUAAGUUUGCCAAGAUGGAAUGUACCAUGUACUAUUAUGUUAGUUUCUUUUUGAAAAAUAGCUUCCUCAACCUUAUUUUGUCCUUGUCAUCCAAUUUGAAGAUCAUUUGAUGGGUAAUGCUAUUAUGAUAUGAAAAUUGUCUGUGAAAAGGAAUGUACCCAGAGGGAUAUGACAUCUUAUUCUACACUUUGCACCAUGGGUUGAAUAACUGCAAUUCAUUCUACUUCACUUUAACUUUGGUUUGGCAUUCAUGCCAAUUAAAGUAAGAUUGUCAUGUAGUAUUUCCUCCUAUUUUUAGUACUACAGGCACAAUAAAUUUUCAAACAGGUAGAGCAAUCAUUUUACCUGUUGAAUUUUACAAGAAUUACAAGUGAUUUUAGGCAAUUUUAAGAGUUACUGUAGUUGGUAAGUAGUACCAGUUACCGCCUGAACAGAAGGAUACUGCUCAUGUUCACAUAGAAAAAUUUUGUAACUUUUGGGUUUACUGGGUUUAAUGUUCCUAUUUUGUCAAGCAACAGCUGUGUGCAAUGAUUGUGUUUUGCAUUGUUAGAAAUAGGUGUGAAUGGAUGAGACUGUUAUAUGUGGCUUUGAAACUAAUUUUUGUAUUUUUGUAUAUCACAGAGUUUUUACACUUUAAGCACAAACCAAAGUUUAAAGCACAAUUCUGUUACAAUCAGGAACCAUUUGCUUUCAGUGAAAUUUAGAAUUUUUGAUUAUUCAUUGUCUUGUAGGUUAAGUAAUGCAAAAGCCAAUUUUUUGGGAGAAAUGGGAAAUCAAAAUGUAAAGUUCUCAAUUUCUUUGUAAUUUAGUCAGUUGUUAUGGUUUGUUUGUAUGGUGGGGACUGAUGAAACAGUGUCAUUCCAGCAAGAUGCUGUACUGUAGAAUUGUAACCUUUUUUUCUUACAUAUUUUGUGUGUUGGAGAACACUGCUUAAAAUCAAUCUGCAUGUGUUUUUUUUUCAAAACCACAAAGCAACUUUUUUUUAAAUCCUAUUUUUGUUCUAGUCUUAAGGAGAAAAAAAAAAAGAUAUUCCUUGGUUUUUAAUAUACUUAUUAUGUCUAUCAUAGAUAGAAGUAUCCACAAUGAAUUAGAAAAUUCUGUAGUCAAGAAAAGUAACUUGUUUUAUCUGUGUCUAAAAUUUAUUAAUAUAUGUAGAUGUCUGGGCUUUGCAGACAAAGCGAAUAUAAUGGGACAAAGAGCGGAUGCUAUUCAUGUUUUUAAUUUACGCACUGUCUGACCCUAGCCUAUUAUUUUGAAUAAAGUUGAUUGAAUAGCUGUCUAGUUAUAACUCUGCAAAUUGUCUUUCUCAGAAGCCUCUUCAGUAUGUCAUUGUUCAAAAAGCCAUGUGGCUUAUCCUGCAGUUCAUUGGUGGUGGUGGUUUCUUUUUUAUGCGAAACCAGAAGGUGUCAAUAUUUACUUAUGAGCACAUGGGACUAGUGCUUUCUCUUUCAGUGGUUAGUUCUGCUCUCGCUGUCAACUGUCCUUUGCAAAAAUUAGAUAAAAGUUAAACCAGCAGUAUUUAAGUUUUGAAAAUAUGCAACGUGUCGGCAAUGUAGCCAAUGGUAGCAAUUAUAAAGAGGUUGGCUGAAGUACCAACUUUGUUGAAAAACUAAAAAGAAAUGGAAAAACUGCGACAUUGUGUGGGCUGUAAUAUAACUUGGUUUUAUCAACUGUGUUGACCACUGUAACAAGUUUCUAAAGCUGACAUUUGAAGCCUCAGCCCCUCAUCAAAGUGAGAGGGAUUGGUUUGCAAAAAAUGUUAAAAAUUUGUUAAUUUAUUUAUUAUUUGUUCUGAAUCAGCCUUUUAAAAUAACUUUUGUAUUAUCAUUGAUGACACAUGAAAGCUUGCAAUGAACAAAAACACAUGUGGCUACACUGCAUAAUAGCUACAAAAGUCUUAUGGUUGAAAUGUGUUUCAAUGGCAGUAAGUUGAUGACGAUCAGGGUUGUCAUCAGAAAAUGUCUUAGAUGUAUGGUAUGAACUGAAUGGGUGGCUGAAUUGAUCACAAUUUACAAAGUAGCCAACAGAAAAUGAUCUGACCGCCAGUAGGAUUUCACUGACUACCUGCCUCUAGUGAAAUGUGGAGUAAUUCACAGGAAUAAAUAAAGUGAGUUAGACUUUAGGAAUAUUGCCUUUGAUGAGGGCCAACCUAGUGGUGAUGAUUCUUUUCAUAACUGUCGGUUUUUAUUUCAUAAAUGUUUGGGUCCCAUUUAUGUGUGUGUGUGUUUACUUGUGAGAGACUUCUGUACAGUUAGGAAAAGUGACUCUGGGUGGCCACCAAAAAUUAUUAACUGUUCACUAAAAGUAUUUUUGAAAUCUCUCCAGAAUUUUUAGGCAAUCUGAUUCGGGAGAGCAAAGAUGUUGCAGUAAAACAGCUUCUAAUACACCUCCCUCUUCUCAAUCCACGAAAUGAUGACGCAAGACAUGAGUACCUUCAUUUACUUCCCAAGAUCCUAAACCACACUGUGGAGCACUCCGUACAUCAAGAAGAGUGUCGUCAGCUCUUGUCACUGGCUGUGGUGCAUCCAGCCUUUCCAGCUCACGAGCGAACUUACCUUCAUCACUGGCUGAGCAAACUUGAUCAAAGCCUUGGAGUACAAGAGAGGAUGCAAACUACAAAUUCAUUUGUCAAUGAAAAUUCAGAUGUAUUACCCAAUACAGGUUGUGAGAACCUUGUUAGACAGAACUACAUGCGAGGUCGCAUGAAUGGCUGGCGUAACCAACAGCUUGUUCAUGUAGACUCUGGAAUUGGCGGCUCAUUUGAAACACCAACAAUUCAAACACAUCUUUCAAUUUCAUCAUCAUUACGAAAGAGCCGAUCCAAUUCCCUCACUCCUCCACCACCCAUUGAAAUACAGGACUCCAUUUUGGAGGAUUUCCCAGAAAGUUGUGAGAUUGAAAAUCGUCCGGGCAGGUCCCAGUCAUUUCCAGUGGAUCCUCAUCGACUGAAUAACUCUCUUUCACCUCAAUCAUCUUUGGACAGUGAGUAUGAUGAAAAUGGUUGCAGACAGAGAGGAAGUAGCUUCAAUGAAGAUGCUCGGCCAGGCAUGAAAGGUUAGAGUUGAAAAAAUAAUUUUCUUUCGCCAAGUUGAUUGAAAAAUUGAGUACUGUGUUUCCUUCCCCCUAAAAAAGUGCCCACCCCCUUAGCCAUGAUUUCAAACAAGUCUCCUUGUCCUUUAUGGAAAUAGUAAGGUUUCAAGGAAAAUCUGUUUCUAUUGCCACUUUAUGUAUAACUUUAAGCCUCAGCUAUAGUGGAAUCUGUACAGGAAAAUGAUGGGGGGGGGGGGCUCCAUUAAUUGCCCUUCUACCAAUGAGUGCUCCUCCUUUUAGUCAAAAUUUUUGAAUAAGUGCCCACACUGUUUGCAUUAGUACCAGUGCCUCUGGUUUAGUUUGUGUUAAAGCCUGCUUUGCAAGUGAUUACCUAGAUAACACAAAUUAUGUUAAGCAUUCAGGCAAGAUAGACUAAAACAUGGAAAUCACACAUACAAUUCAAUGUAAGGAACCUAAAAUAGACAGAUUUUAAGGUUUUCCUGUAACCUUUUGGAUUUUCUUAUUUAGAGGUUGGUUCUUGGUUAAAAAAUUUAAGAUUGCACAAGUAUGGAAGUUUGUUUGCCCAGCUUUCUUAUGAAGAGAUGAAUGGUUUAACUGAUGAGUACUUGGAAACUAAGGUAUGUGCAAUCUGUUUGUCCAUGUAGAGGACAUGUUGGUAGCUCCCUUCUUUGUCCCUUGAAAAGUUUCAGCUGUGGAAGUUCAGCUUUAAAUGGAUUUUAGCAUAUUCAUGUAUUCACAUAGAGCCUUGUCAUCUGCUGAAUUUGAAACUUUAGGUUUUGACAAAGUAAUGACAACCUCACUACAUGAGUUAUUUGUACAUCAAGUCUGUUAGUCCAGACUGUUAAUUGUAGGUUAAUGACUGGAACACCCAUGGACUGUGGUUAAUUUUUUUCUCCUUGAAGGAAGAAGCAAGGAAGGUUUGAUAAUGUACCAGGACUCAUUGUCAUCAUCAAAAUAGAUUUAUAACAUAACUAGUAAAUUUGUCUAAUCAAAUUCAAUUGCGCGAGCAUGCUUCAUAUUCCUAUUGUGCACGCUCAUGACGUCAGCAAACAAAUCCCUCUAGAAAAAGAUUUUCAAUCAGGUUGAAAAUGUUAUAAAACAAUUGGUUCAUAUGUCAGCUGUGUGUUCAUCGAGAUAUGAAGCACUUGGGAAGUUUGGAGAGCACUCAAGAAGCUAGAGUUGCUCUCUGCUUUGCCUCUAGCAACUCUUACGCAUCUUUUUCGGCUUUGCCUCUAGCAACUCUUACGCAUCUUUCGUGCUCUCCAAACUUCCCACGUGCUUCAUAUCUUGAUGAACGCAUGCUGACGUAUGAACCAAUUGUUAAAGAUGCUUUGUCUCCAACUUUGAUUGAGUGUUGUGAAAGCAAAACCAAAGUAAUCACAACAGCUAAUCAGAAGAAAAGAAAAAUAUCUUUAACCCUUUAACUCCAGUGAGUGACCAAGACAGAAUUUCUCCUUACUAUAUCAAUACAAUAUCAUGCAGACAAGUGAUGAGAAUAGAUAAAAAUGUAAAUUAUGGGUUUACCAAUUAAUCCAAUGCCAAAUUCUCCAAACUGAAAUAAUGAGAAUCAUUUGGCAGACAGUAAGGAGAAUUACUAAUGAGAUCUUGGGAGUUAAAGGGUCAAGAGCUGAUGAGAACUCAUAGUAAAACCAACCAAACUGCUUAAAUCACAGGAACACACAAGUGACCAAGUGAUGAUUGGUUUUAGUUUUGGGUCUGAUUGGUUGAGAGAGAGAGAGAGGUGUAAGUUUUAUACACCAAUCACAGAGUAAAGAUAAGCAGAAAAACAAGCAAUCCCAGAUUAUUUUCGACAUUCAAUUGAAAAUUGCUCUUACUGCUAGAUUAGUGAUUGGUUAUAAGGCCCAAACUGAUGUGUAGAUGGUGAAUAAAACUGCGUUGUGGUUCUUUUCAUUUGUACUGCUGGGAAAGGAUUUCAUAAUAAUUCCUUUCACUUUUCAGGGUGUAACCAAAGGGGCCAGGAACAAAAUUUUACUAAGUAUCAAGAAAUUGUCUGAAAGACCUGAAACACUGAAUCGUCUGGAAAAGGUAAAAUUUGACUUUGUUAGCCCUGAACCUACCAAGAUCCACACUAAAAGCUUCUGAAUUUUUGAUCUGGAGAAAUCCAUGUAACACCAUUCCUUUUGCAAUCAUGUCUCUUGCUGUCAUGAAAAUUUAAUUUAAUUUUUAAAAUUAAUUGUGUUUUCUUUAGGAAGUGCUUCAGCAAGGAAAACUUCAGGGAGUUCUUGUUGCACUUAAAGAUAUAAUAAUCACACCAAUAAAACCAUUUAGUCCUCCUCCCUCGGAGAACUCACCCUGUGGUUCAUACCCACCCACAUUGACAGGACAGCAACCCCCAUCGACUCUACCUCCCCACCCAGAAGACUUAGCAUCAAGAAUUACAAGAGUGUUGGGCAAAGGUGAGUAGGCUUUUUCUGUUAUGUGGCAAUUUAGGCAGUAAUCUAUCACGUUUUAUUUUUCAAGGUUGAAAACACCCAAUUUAUGACUUUGUCUCUUGGUUGCAGCUUGUACUCAGAUUCUUGUAUCAAGAGCAGAUGAGGAACAUUGUAACACCUAUCUUCAACUUUUGGACAGAGUUCUUUCGCUCGAGGUGAGGCUUUUAUAUUGAGUGCAGCUAACUCUUAAGUUUCAAUCUGUCUUGUGAGUAUAAACCAUCAGGAUCCAUUGCAUUAAAUUUGUCUGGGAGAAGACUUAGCAUCUUCCCAUACUUAAUUUUAGGAAGGUGGAAGAAGAGGUUGGAGCAGAGGGUGUGGUUCAUUGAUCAAAACCCUUAAAGUUAAUUUUAACUUUCCAUUAAUUGAAGAAACUUGAUGAUGAUAUUGUGUAUAGAUAAUUUUCACACAAAAUUACAGCCACCAUUAUUGGUCACUAAAAUGGUAGAAUGACUGCCAUGUUGGUGUCCAGAUUUGAAGCCUUUUUAUUUGUAAAUGUUCUUGUGUUCCAGUCAAUUUACUUUGUUGCUCAACAUGUGAUUUAAAAAUUCCUAUUAUUUCACAUUUACAGGCAUUUACACAGACCCAAAAACAAAGAAUUCAGUCAUGGAAGCAAGAAUGUCAAAGACUUGGCAGACAAAGAAGGCCGUCACAUGAGAACAGGGCAAGAGGGUAAGAAUCUCUAUUACAACUGGCACUUUUUCACAUACAUGUAGCAUAAUUCAUAAGCAGGAACAGUUAAAAAACAAUUUAACUGUUGCAUUUUUCACUUUACUCUCUCUGUAGAUGGUACAACAUGGGCCACAACUCAGGGGAUUCCAUAGGAGGGAAUCAUGGGCCUCCUGCAGGUUCAGGGGCCAUGAACAAGCGUCACAGGGGCUCACCUCGUAAUACUGUUAAGAACCCUGCUGGUCAGCUUCGAAGCAACAGUGCUGAGACACAAAUGCACUCUAAACCAAGACUGGUAAAAGAAUCUAAUUGCUCUGUUAUGUUUGUGUAUAUUUUGUAACUUACAUGAAGUGUAGCUCGCACUUUGCCAUUGAUAAGAAUAUUAAGCCUAUACCAAACAGUGGAGAACAAAAAAAGGAGUGCUCUGAUUGGCUACUCAAACUCUGAGUUUUCUAUUUUACCCCAGAGGAACUUGCCCAGAAUAUGUGUCUGAAAAUAUUGUAAUUGUUGCAGGAAUUUUUUGCUAUGUGAUCUCACUGUUUUGUUAAACAGUAACACAACUAUUUGCCUCAAAGUCAGUAAAUAGCAGUGGAUAUUUACCUUGCCGCUUCCUGGCUUGGUAAAUAUUCACCACUAGCCACCUCCACUUAAUGAAUAGGUGUCAACUAUCUCACUGCCCACAUUUGAGAGCUGAUUUUUUCUUAGAAGAUUGGUUGGGAUUAUAUGAUCCACUGUAACAAGUGGGUUUCUUAACUAGAUCAGACAAAGGAACUGCAAAAUGUGCUCUUGGAUAAAGAGUAAGCCUUCUUAAUCAAAGGGGAAAAGAUAAAGAACAAACCUGUCAUGAUAAAUAUGUACUCCAAUUUUGUACAUUGUGGGAGUAUAAUUAAAUCAAUAUUUUGAUAAGAAAUUUGAUCCCCUGAGAGGAAAAUUUUAGUUUUUUCGUAAAGCAGUUCAUGUAAUACAUUUAUGUCACAUUUUCAAACAGUAACCUCUCUUGGCUGACAAAGCAGUUGAUCUAGGGAUCUACAUCACACAUGACUACAUCAUGAGACAAAUGAAAAACUUAGCUUUUAUUUUUAAAGCAGUUGAUGUAACAUUGUGUUUGUUAAAAGGAACUAAGGAGUGAUGGUGUAAUGUGUUGUAAGCUUUUCUUUUUACAAUAACAACUUUCAAACCACACUGAUAAUGUUGUGCCCAUAUCACUUGUAACAAUAUGAAUUAGUCAUACAUGCCUACAUAAGAGCACCAAAACAUCAAAAUUAACCCGUUAAGAUUUUCUCCUUCAGGUGAGGUCACAUGCUGUUGUGGGAAGAACAAAGUCUCUACCACUUAAACCAACACAACAGAGCAGUAUUGUCUUGCCUCAGCAACGUAUGUGUAUCAUGUUUUAGUUAUUUCAGUGUGGCAAAGUGUACACAAAGGUUAUUUUUUGUUUAACUUUGGACAUGGAAAUGUAUUUAAAGUCUGUUAACACCUUUGACAAGAGUACCCUUUGAUCAGUACUAUGCCAAGGAUGCAAGCAACUGUUGAAUACUAAUGAAAGUGGAGCUCUGCACAUUUGCCAAAUUUUACAGAUGAUGUAUAGUGGGGCACAAGCUUUCUUCCCUUUAUACAAUGGCUGCUGAGUUUAGUUUCUUGUUUGACAGAGCAUGAAACAAAGAUAAUUUUGAUAAUUUUUCAAGAAACAAGUGUCAUGUUUUGGAAGUGAAUGACUUGUGAAUUUUUUUCUUUAGUCUCUGCAGAUCUUGAGAACAUUGAUGAUGGAUUAGAGUCCCUUUGUCUCAGUGUUACUGAACAUGCCCUUUCUGGU